UCACUUCCUGUUGCAGUUAAAGAUGGAGUUUGGAGUGAAGAUGAGUCUGUGGGAAGAUGGACCGAGGCCCGGUCAGCUUUAUUCUCUGUUCCCCGGCGGCAGUAGCAGCAGCGGACCAGUCCCCGCCUGUGCUCCGAUCAGACACACACUGACACCAAUGGUGACGGGGACGUCGGUCCUCGGGGUGAAGUUUAGCGGUGGUGUGAUCAUUGCUGCAGACAUGUUGGGCUCGUAUGGUUCUCUGGCUCGCUUUAGGAACAUCUCUCGCCUCAUGAAGGUGAACAACAGCACCAUCCUGGGAGCUUCAGGAGACUAUGCUGACUACCAGCACCUGAAACAUGUCAUCCAACAGAUGGUGAUUGAUGAGGAGUUGCUAGGUGACGGUCACAGCUACAGUCCAAAGGCCCUGCACUCAUGGUUGACCAGAGUGAUGUAUAACCGCCGCAGCAGAAUGAACCCACUGUGGAACACUGUGGUCAUCGGAGGCUUCUACAACGGAGAGGGUUUCCUCGGGUAUGUGGACAAACUGGGCGUGGCCUAUGAGGCUCCCACAGUGGCCACUGGUUUUGGAGCGUACCUGGCUCAGCCUCUGAUGAGAGAGGUGGUGGAGAACAAGGUGGAGAUCAGCCAGCAGGAGGCACUGGACCUGGUGGAGCGCUGUCUCAAAGUACUCUACUACAGAGACGCUCGCUCCUACAACAGGCAUGAGAUCGCCAUAGUAACAGAAAAGGGCGUGGAGAUUAUCGGCCCGCUGUCAUCUGAAACCAACUGGGACAUUGCUCGCAUGGUCAGUGGCUUUGAAUGAAGACCAGCUGCAUCCUCUCAUAUUCACUCGUUCACUGUCUGUUUUUGUACAAUGAAAAUAAAACAAAAAAAUCUC